UGGGAAGAAUGCUCCUUACAUGGGUGGUCAGUGGGAAGAAUGCUCCCUACAUGGGUGGUCAGUGGGAAGAAUGCUCUUUACAUUGUGGGUCAGUGGGAAGAAUGCUCCUUACAUGGGUGGUCAGUGGGAAGAAUGCUCCUUACAUUGUGGGUCAGUGGGAAGAAUGCUCCUUACAUGGGUGGGCAGUGGGAAGAAUGCUCCUUACAUGGGUGGUCAGUGGGAAGAAUGCUCCUUAGAUUGGUGGCCAGUGGGAAGAGUGCUCCUUAGAUUGGUGGUCAGUGGGAAGAGUGCUCCUUAGAUUGGUGGUCAGUGGGAAGAGUGCUCCUUAGAUUGGUGGCCAGUGGGAAGAGUGCUCCUUAGAUUGGCGGCCAGUGGGAAGAGUGCUCCUUAGAUUGGCGGUCAGUGGGAAGAGUGCUCCUUAGAUUGGCGGUCAGUGGGAAGAGUGCUCCUUAGAUUGGCGGUCAGUGGGAAGAGUGCUCCUUAGAUUGGCGGUCAGUGGGAA